GCAGGGCAGGUCGUGCAGCUCUGCAGAAAGGCGGCUCAGCGACCGGGCGGCUCGGGUGCACAGCGGCUCGGCUCCCGGGCGGCUCGGCUGCUGGGCGGCUCGGCUCCCGGGCGGCUCGGCGGCAGGGCGGCUCGGGCGCAGGGCGGCUCGGCUCCCGGGCGGCUCGGCGGCAGGGCGGCUCGGGUCCCGGGCGGCUCGGCGUUGGGCGGCUCGGCUCCCGGGCGGUUUGGCUGCUGGGGCGGCUCUGCUGCUGGGGCGGCUCGGCCGGGAGAUGCAGGGGCGGGGCCGUCAGGUGCAGCUGCGGGUCGACCGGUGCAGCGGCGGGCCGGCAGGUGCAGCGACAGGGCCGUAGGGUGCAGCGGCGGGCCGACCAGGUGA